UUUAUAAAAAAUUCAGAAACUAUUUGUUGAUCUACGGAGUUAUAUGUUACUAAUAAUGGUUUUCUGGCAUUCAAAGCGUAGUGUUAAAUUCUGGAGUAAUAUUAUAUUACUUUUUUUAUUUAUUAAUUUAAUAUUUGGACAAGAAAAACAACUUCCAACUGCAAAAGAGACAGAAUUUUCUCUUAUAAAAUCAUUGCAUAUGGCUAUUGAUUGCAGAGAUCUGAGGAAUUGGAACCAUGUAACCAUAGGAUUAUCACCUACGCGUCUUAUUCAAGUAUAUGCUCUAAUCAAAAAGUUGAAUAACGAGAAAAAUUGUCAAACUAAUAAUUGGCAUGACUUUCGAUAUUUUGACAUUAAUGAUCCUUCGACUUGGGAAUUCUGCAUUGCUGGUUAUUGUCGUGAGGGAAAAUGCCAAUGUAUAACGAUGAUUGAAGGAGAAAACUGUAUUAUUUUUAAUGGAAAAUGCUGGAUGGUAUAUUGCAAUUUAACAGAUUGCGACUCGAAAGAAGAAAAAGCUCUUUUGUGUGAUUGUAAUAGUAAUUUCGAUGCUUCAACUAUGCAUACAAAACUUUAUUGGUAUGACGAAGGUUUAGAGUCGACAUUUAUAGAACCUCCAGAGGAUUGGGAAGAUACGAAAUUUAUACAUCGAAUUAAAUUAAACAAUAUUGGACCAUUGGUCGAGAGAAAUUAUGAAAAUCUACAGUUAUCUGCUAGUGGAAAGUUUUCAAUAAUUGUACUGGGAGAAAACAAGUUUCUGAACUUAAUAUUUACAAUUAUUAUUAUUUAUCAACAAUUAUCUAUUACAGCAGUUUGAAUAAUAAAAAUUCUAUAAAUUUGUAUUAAUAUUACGUUUGCUACAUAAUAUUAUAAUAAAAAUUUAAAUUA